AUGUAUGGUGACAGCAGUAACGACAAUAAUGCUCAUUAUGCAACUCCUAAGAGGAGGAACGAUAAAAAUAUACCAUUGCCAAAACUACCUCCAUUAAGAACGCGAGCUUCAAAUGAUAGCCACUUUGAUUACGAACAUGAAGAGAGACCUAAAUUGAGUACUCCUUCACGAUUCACCUCUAAUUCUUCAGAGGUUGAAAGAGAAUAUGCAGCUUCGAGAAGCACACCUAUUUCUGCCCAAAGUUCGACAUCUAGACGAAUAGUACAAGGAAAGACACCAACAAUUCGGAGGCGGCCCCCACCGCCUCCUCCACCACCUCGUUCUUCUUCAAUUUAUCACAACAAUUCUUCAACUCCUAACCCUUCAUAUAGGAGCUUCUCACCUGUGACUCCUGAACAAAAUUUCCAUAAUAACAUGUCGCUAUAUGAUUCACCUUUUGUUGGUAAACCAAGCUCGACAAACUAUUUAUACGAUCAAAAUAAAAACCAGUUAAAAUCUCUCAAAACAGUAGCAUAUCCCUCUCCCUUUGUCGGUGAUCUACAUCAGGAUCCUGAAUUGUCCUCUAGUAUAUCUAAUACGGAACAGCAUAUAUUUUCAUCAACCAAUGAAGAGUCAGAUCAACUCAAUGAUUCAAUCAAAGUUGGUAUGACCAUUGAUACUGAUAUCGAAUUUUAUAGUAGACCUCCUCGUCCGAUCCCAAAUUCUAGAGUGGUUAGUGAAGUUAGUAGACAAUUGGAUGGAAUUGACAGUUACUAUUCUGAUUCCAAUUAUACUUUUAAUAAUUCCAGUGCACGUCAUAGUAGUUACAAUUCAUUUUCUGGUGGGAAACCAUUAGAGAUGAUCCCAAGUAUAACAACUCCGACACAGCCGUUUCAUAUAGAUUUCCUGGAUGAGAACAAAUUGUACCAAUGUUACUGUGUUUAUCGCUUGUCAGAUAUUUACGAAUGGAUUUUGAAAAUAUAUUUCGAAUGGUUUAACGAAUAUGUUUUUGGAAAACUUGAAUUUUACCAAGUUGUACAAAGAUUAUUAGAAUUUCAAGUUCCAAAUUCGUGUGACCAAGACACUAUAGAUUCGAAUGUUGAUAAAAUUAUAGAAUCAUUGGUAAUUCAAGAUGCAGUACGGUUCGAAAAAAGAAGUCAACCUCAGCCACAACAGGCAUUCGAUAAAACGGUAGACACUAUAGAUGGUGAAUUCACUGUCAUUACGGGGGGUCUUGACGUGCAAGGAAUAUUUACAGAAUUGUUACCUUGUUAUUCUUUUGCAGACACGACAUUCGAACAAGUCUGUUCUUCGUCAUGUUACUCAUUCAUAUGUAUGAAUAGUCACUCUCAUGGUAAGAGGAAAGAAGUUAAGCUUGCGGAUAUUAUUAAGAAACCUCUAGGGUUGUGGACAGAUUAUUGGCAUAUAUCCUCUGAAGAAUUGAGUCAGAUAAAUCCGCAUGAAAUUCAAAGGCAAAGUUAUAUAUUUGAUUUGAUUAUUCUAGAGGAGAGGUCAUUAAAUAUGGCAAAUGCUGCUGUUGAGAUAUAUGGGAAAAGGUUUGAUCCUAAAUUAUUACCUGAUCAACAAGAUUUCUCAGAUUUAGCCUUUGAUGUUUUCAGGCCGCUAAUAGAUAUUCACAAGACAUACAUACUUGAGCCCAUAUUUCGUAAAAUUGAAAUAAAAGGAAAAUUCAUUGAUGGUAUUGGAACAAUAUACUUGAAAUGGUGCAAUGAAGCCCGCGAGUCUUAUCUGAGAUAUGCAAAGGCCAUGGCAACUGUACAUGAAAUUAUAAAGUGGGAGAAGCAACAUGGAACUAGAUUUUCGAGAUGGUUAGAUGAAGUAGAUCAUUCCCCUGAAAUUACCCGAUCAAAAAUGUAUUACGACGUGAUUUUUUUUGGUGGUUAUUUUAAGUCAUUACAAAAUAUGACUGUUACUCUGAGUUCUAUUUUAAAAGUUACCGAUCCUUCUAUGGAAGAUUAUGAUUAUUUAACAAUGGUGAUAAAAGAUAUAGAAAAAUUGAGCUCGGAAGUUGACAAAGUACAUGGAAAUGCUAUUGAUCGUCGGAAGUUGUUAAGAUUUUCCAGUCAACUACUGAGGGACGUUCCAUCCAAAGGUUCAUUGCAUGGCUAUUCCAAUGUGCUAAACUCAAGUAACAACGAUGUGAAUUAUGGCGAACAAACAAACGAUUCUUUAGAUAUUGGUAUUAAUAACCCGGAGAGAAUGUUACUCCUAAGUGGGAAAGUUCUAAAAAAGAGGGAACUUUGGCUGGAUCCAACACCUGUUUUUCUCGUAUUGUUGGACAAUUAUCUGUUAGUAACAGAAACAAUUGUCAAGAAUGAUAAUAAAAAAUAUAAACUUGUCGAAAGACCUAUUCCUAUUGAUUAUCUUAACUUAGAAAAGAAAGUUAAGUAUGAUGACUCACAAAGUGUUCUCUCCUCUAAUAAAAGAGAUUCGAAGGUUUAUUCUACAAUUACACCUUCAACACCCUUGACCGGUUCAAGACCUAACUUGUAUAGUGCCUCUAAUGCGUCCAGGACCAUUGUAUCGGCAAAACAAAGAGAAACUCGGACUGGUAUUUCGAAUGUUCAACCAUCUGAGUCUGAACUAUCAUUCAAAAUCAGAAACACUGCAACUAAUGAAUCAAUAACAUUCAUCACUUCCAAUCUAAAUGAGAAAGAAUUAUGGAUCAAGAAUAUACUGGGAGCUUUACAAAACAAUGAAAAAAAUGAUAAUAGUAAUGUUUUAGAUUUCUUUGUAGUAUCUACUCAAUUUUCUUACUCAGAUAAAGAUGCUCCCGUAAAUUUACCAGUUGCCCCUGAAGGGUCUGAAAUAGAUUAUGCACUAAAAAGUUAUGAGGUGAAUAAUAGAAACAACGAUAAUUUGAGAAACUUUCCAAUGGUUACUAACAUUUUAUGCACAGAAGAAUUCGAGUUUGAAGAUGAGAAAUUUUUGCUUGUAGCUACUUCAAAUGGUAUAUUGGUACGAUUAGAUAACGGUGUAGAUACACCAUUUGUGAAGGUUAUCCAAUGUGGUUUUGUUAGUAAAAUGGAGGUCAAUAAAAAAUUGGGUCUUCUAUUUAUAUUAGAUGAUAGAAAUCUGUGUUAUUUCAAUAUUCCAAGCAUAUUUGGGGCUUAUUAUGAUAGAAAGAAAUAUUUAUCUAGCAAUUUGAUAAUUGGUGUUGUUCUUAGGGACAAAGUUGGGUAUUUCAAAUUUGCCAGUGAUUUUGGGCAUUCAAGGCAUUUACUGUAUGAAAGGAAGGGGAAAAUAAUGAUAUUAACUCCUGAAUUUGAUAAUGUAAGCAAAGUUUUCAAGUAUUUCAAAGAGUAUAAGGAGUAUAAGCUUCCAUCAAAUGGUCUGACAAGACUUGACGUAUAUGACAUUGUUGUACUCAAAAAGUGUUUUAUUGUAUGUACCACUAAAGGUGCACUUCUAUAUCGAGAUGUCUUCGGUGAAGAAUGUAUUAUUUUACCGACUUUUUAUAAUGACUCUACUAUGAAAAGCGAUACAAAUUCAGGUCUAUUUAACUCCAGUUUAUUCAAAUCAGGUAGUGACAUGUCAUCCCAUUCAGAUAUAGCUACACAUAAGAUGGCAGGAUUUGUGAAAAGAGACAUAGCCACUAAUAAAACUAAACCUCUGACCUGUUUUGAGCUGAAUGAUGGUACUGGGAACUUUUUGAUUGUUUAUGAUGAAGCGGUUGUGAAGGUGAAUAAACAUGGUGAGAUACCUGAUUGGACUGAGGAUAUCUUAAUUUUGGAUUUUUAUUGCACUGGAACUUGUUAUUAUAAGGAUCAUUUAAUACUAGUUGGGGAUAGCUUAAUCCAAAUAUACUCGUUAAAGAAUUCCACUGUAUCAUUAAGCAGGAUGAUACCGAAUCAAAUUAUAAAAGGGAAAAAGGUGCUUUUGGUUAGCUCUUCCGGAAAUGACGAAUUUAAGGUUGUUCUGAGUCAUCCUGAUAUUCCAAGUAGACAGUUACUGAUGACUUGUGAAUUGGUAGGAAUAUAA